GCGGGAUCAAAACAAGGAAGUGUUCCCGGCACUUCCAAACAAAGUGUCCUGAAGUUUUUUAACAACAAACAGGCAGAUCCACCAGGUUUAACCAGCAUGUGUGACUUACUGCGCCAGGGUGAAUUGGGGUUGUCCACCCCUGAGCUGUCUCUUUGAUGAAUUCCUGAUCCGGUAGCUUGCUCCUCCCAGCUGAGUGUCCCGAGGCGACGUUGGACUUGCUGAGCCUGGAGGAUAAAUUAUCCCUGUGUUAGGCUGAGAUCCGCUUUUACCAGCGUUUCCCGCACUGAGUCCUGACCCAUAUGAAAAAGAGUAAAGGUGCUGAACACUGAUUGAAGCGCCAAAUCCGUGGAAUCUAACUGCUUGACACCCGGCGGAGAGUGAAGAUAGGUGUGGAAAAACGCAACUUCAGCAAGUGUGUGCGAAGUCAAAGGCAAACAAGAGUGCAGUGUGUGUGUCCUGACAGGGAACAGCUUUAACAAGGACUGUAGCAAGAAGACAAGAGAAGAUAUACAGAAGGCAAACUACAUUAAAAGAACAGCAAUUAACAUCAAACAAGAGACUGAAGGACAACAAAGACGAACUUUGCUCCACAAAGAAGGCUGUUUUGCAGCACAGAUUAGAAAAGCCAUAGUUGUAAAGAGCAGCAGAAGCGUGAAAAGGCAGUUCAAUGGCAUACCGGCUGUUUGAAGGGAAGGAUCAUGCUGGCAUCUACCAAAAGUAUCGCUUUACACCUCCAAAAGGGCUCAUGGAUGUUAUCAUUCAGUAUUUAGAUAAAAAGAAGGGACAGCCACAUGAGCUGGCAGUCGAUCUGGGAUGUGGAACUGGUCAGAAUUCACGUCUACUGGCACCGCACUUCAAGGAAGUGGUGGGUCUUGACAUCAGUGAGGGUCAAUUGGAGGAAGCCAGAGCUGUGCCAGGGUACUCUAACAUCACAUACAGAAAGGGGACAGCAGAAGAGCUUCCAUUUUCAGAUGCAUCUGUAGACCUUCUGACAGCGGCUUCAGCAGCCCACUGGUUUGAUCAGCCAAGGUUUCUAGCAGAAGCAAGUCGGGUCUUGAAACCUGGAGGCUGCAUGGCUCUGCUGGGCUUCAGUGAUCAUAACACCAAACUCUACUACCAGGACUGUGGAGACAGGCUCAAAAACAUCUAUGAAGAGAUGAAGCAGUCGCUGCAGCCAUACACAAGCAACCCAGUAGCUGUAGCUGAUAAUAAGCUGGAAGAGCUGUACUCUGCCAUUCCCUUUCCAGACAAAGAAAGGAUUGAUUGUUUUCAAGCAAAGUCUUUGAUCUCAGUGAGCAAUCUGGUGGGUUUCAUUCAGACUUGGUCCAUGGUCCAAGCCUACACUUUAAAAGACCCCAAAGGUGCUGAAGACCUGCUGUUCAACACUCAGAAGAGGUUCCUUGAAGAGAUGGGAGUCACAUCUCCUGACACUGAAAUAGAGCAUGAACUGGAGUAUUACUGCAUCCUGGCAUCCAAACCACAUUAAUCAACACUUCAUCAUUCAGUGUGUAUCAAUGUGAGAUAUAUAAACUUCAGUGAUGUGCUGAGUGUUCAUGUUGAAUGAAUACUCAUAAUAAAUAAACCUUGGUUUCAUCAGCAGAUGCUGUUUUUUAACAGGACAUGUGUUUCAUUUUGUCGUGAAUAACCCGACAACCAUUCUCCAGUGCCACCCUUUUAGUCUGACAUGCACACUCAGAGGUUACAUGCCUGGAAAGAUCUUUUGAAAUUAACCAGCCUACCACAGUGUCACAUGUGGGAAGUUAUGACAUUGUGGGCGGCCUACUUGUUUUUUGUAACUACAGUGUCCCUUCUUUAUUAUUUCCAAUAGAAACAAUGUAAAACUGACUCAGGUUAUUUGUGCAGGCUCGUUUUUACCACCGAUAAUU